UGUCGUGUAUCCAGUGAGAUAAAGGCAUGUUCGUCCUUAAAGCUUUUGUGAGCUGAUUGCCAGCCUUUAAGCUUUAACCUUUUCAUUUAAGCAACUUCCUUUCUCGCCUAGACAAAUUAUUAUUUUUAGUUUUUUGGUAAUAGAGCUUUUAUCUUUAUAAUAGCUAAAUUGAGAUUUUUCAAACUCUAUGGAAGAUGCAGAGAGCUGUGAGCCUUUAGAUCUAAAAGAUGCUGUAUAUUACUGGAAGCACUUGUACUAUGAAGUUAACAAGGAGCUGGAAGAGCAACUUGCUGCUAGUAGGGAAUAUGAAAUAGAAAUGGAAUUAGCAGCUGAACGUACUAAACAACAAUUAUUAGCUUCCCGGAUGGAAAUAGAUAAUUUGAAAAAAGAGUUGGAAAUUUCAAAACAUCGGUUAUUUGAGAGGGAUAAUGAGAGUUUUAAAGUAAUUUCUGAUCUUCAGGCUGAACUUAAGUCAGCCUCACCUAACUACCAAAAAGUUAAAAGCCAACUUCGUGAAUUAGAACAAAGUUAUGAUGACUUAGAGCGUCAAGAACGUGUGACUCAAGCUUACUUAACUGACUUACGAGGAGAGCUUGAGAAUUCUCUCGAAAAAAAUGCUCUUCUAGAAUUGGAAAACGGCAAUCUCCUUUUGGAGCUUCAACGCUUUAAGGAUUCAGUGGAUAACAGCGGCUAUUUAAAGAAGCAGCGAUCUAUUUGAAUAAAUCUUCCGCACUUUG